CAAAACGUCGGAUGCUUCUCUCUUAAAACGUCGGAUUACUCUCUCUCUCUCUGCAAUGACGAGCGAGGAAGAAGAUUACUACUACUCGGACCAUGACUCGCCGGAAGGGAAUCCUCUCUCUCUGCAAUUCGUCGAUAGCACAGUUGAACCAUGUUCUAUCCAGGUAAUCACAAAAGAAUCGCUUUUGGAAGCACAGAGGGAAGAUUUGUGCCAGGUAAUGGACAUGCUAAUGCUGAAAGAACGACAUGCACGCACUCUACUUAUUCAUCACCGUUGGAACGUUGAGCGUUUGUCAACAGAACUUGUAGAGAAGGGAAGGGAUAGAUUAUUUUCUGAAGCAGGCGUGACUAUAGAGGAGCGCAAAAAACAUGCCUUGCCAUGGUCAUAUUCACGGUCUUUAGUAACAUGCAACAUCUGUUUUGAAGAGGUUUCUCCAAAUGCAGUUACAACAAUGGAUUGUGGCCACUGCUUUUGCAAUGAUUGCUGGACUGAAAAUUUUAUUGUUCAGAUAAAUGAUGGGCAAAGCAAGCACAUAAGAUGUAUGGAGCACAAGUGCAAUGCUAUUUGCGAUGAAGCUGUUGUAAGAAAUCUCGUCAGUGCGAAACAUCCUGAUAUUGCUGAGCGUUUUGACCGUCAUCUCCUAGAAUCUUACAUCGUGGACAACAACAAGGUUAAAUGGUGUCCUAGUGUCCCGCAUUGCGGCAACGCGAUACGUGUAAAGGGCGAUUCUUAUUGUGAGGUGGAAUGCACGUGCGGGCUACAGUUCUGUUUCAAUUGCUUAUCGGAAGCACACUCCCCUUGUACAUGCCAGAUGUGGAAGUUUUGGGGCCAGAAAUGCCAGGACGAGUCGGAAACAGUCAACUGGAUUACUGUUAACACGAAGCCCUGCCCCACGUGUCACAAGAUCGUUGAAAAGAAUGGUGGCUGCAACCUUGUUGUCUGUACAUGUCUACAGUCAUUUUGUUGGUUGUGCGGUGCUGCCACCGGCAUAUCCCAUACGUGGACGACGAUUGAUAACCACUCUUGUGUACGCUUUGGAGAAGACAUCACUGAAAAAGCCGAGUGUGCGAAGCGGGACCUUCAUCGAUACACACACUGCUACAACCGGUUCAACGCUCAUAAAGAUUCCCUCAAGCUCGAAAGCAACCUUAAGGAAACUAUACAGAAUAGUAUAUCUAUCUUGGAAAGUAAGGAGCCUGGACUCAGAGACCAUAGUUGGGCGAUGAACGGACUCUACAGACUCUUCAGAUCGAGGCGCAUUCUUUCAUAUUCGUACCCAUUUGCAUUGUACAUGUUUGGGAACAAUAUCUUCAAGAAUGAAAUGACAAAGAAGGAACUGGUAUUGAAACAGAACCUAUUCGAGGACCUGCAGCAGCAACUGGAAGUAAAUGUAGAGAGGCUUUCAAAUUUAUUAGAGCAACCAUUUGAUCAGUUUCUGACACAUAAAGUAUUGGAGUUAAGGUUGCAAAGCAUCAAUCUCGCCACCCUCGUCAACGAGCUCUGCAAGAAAAUGUAUGAGUGCAUUGAAAACGAUCUAUUGGGUACCCUCCCACGGAUGGUGCAAAUUGCUCCAUACAAACCGAAGGGUGUUCAGAGAGCAUCGGGACUUUCAGUUUCAUGGGAUUCUGAUCCAAGUUCAAUGAGUACGGAAGCAUGCAAUUCAUAAAGUUCUUCAGCAGGAUUCCAAUGCAAAUAAAGCUGUAUAUAGGAGCAUCCUCCAUCGUUGAAUUCUUCAAGAGCAGACCUUUGGCUUGGAAGGGAAUCAAAGUCUCUUGGGGAUGCCAUUUCCAUCUCAAUCUUGCUGGGGGAGGCAGUCAACAAGAGCUGAAUCUGACCAUCAAAUCUGGAAACUAUACAGUUGACAUUAAAUGACUGCACUGUAAAGAUGAAUUUCUUUGAAGUUUUUUUUUU